AUGGACGUCUCAGUUAAUUCUGACAUUCUUAAACAACUCUACACCAAGGAGGUCGCCUCUUUGCACAACAUCAGCGAUGGUCUGCGCGCUUGCGGCGUUGGAAAGAUCGUCAAUCUUCCCCAGAUCAUCGUCGUAGGCGAGCCAUCUGCUGGUAAAUCAUCAGUCCUUGAAGCCAUUUCCCACAUUCGAUUCCCCGUCGGUGAUACUCCCUGUACGCGAUUCGCGACAGAGCUGAUCCUCCACCACGCGGACGAGGCUCGCAUAAACGCAAGCGUCAGAUUCGCAGAGAAGGAGAAACCAGCCAAAGCGAUCCAGCGGAACAAGUUCCACGAGGAUGGUCUCGUCGAUAUCAUCAAAGAAGCCAAGGAGCAUAUGGGCAUCUCGCAAGAUGGAGACGACUUUUCAGAACAUGUUUUGCGUCUUGAGAUUGAGGGCCCAGACAUCAUUUAUCCAUUGAGUCUCGUUGAUCUUCCUGGCUUGUGUCGAACGGGUACUCACAGCCAGUCAUUAAAUGGCAGUGACACCGUGGAGGAGUUGGUGGAAAGCUACAUGCGGCAGAAGAACAGCAUUAUUCUUGUGGUAAUCUCUGCAAACAUCAAUCUGGCUAGUCAUUUAGCUCUCGAAAAGGCAAAGGUUAUCGACCCGCAAGGACAAAGGACGAUCAGAGUCAUCACCAAGCCAGACUUUGCGUUGACCGCGGAAGCCAAAGAGUACAUCACGGCGACGAAGGACCAAGAGAACACACAUAAGCUGCAGCUUGGAUGGCACGUCCUCCGGAACAAAGGAGAAUAUGAUGAGAGCCUCGAGACUCGCGAUGAGGUUGAGAAGGCAUUCUUCAAGGGGAAUCCUUGGGCUACCAUGCCUGAAGAGGACCUCGGCAUUGACAACUUACGCAUAAAGCUGAGCGGCUUCUUAUUCAACCACAUCCGAAACAACCUCCCCGGAGUAAUUGGGGAAAUGGAAAAGAAGCUCAAGGAAAGGCAGGAGGAACUUACUCGACUGGGAACUCCAAGAUCCAACCUGAAAGAAUACAGGUCCUACAUGUUCACUAUUGCCAGUGAUUUCCAGCGUUUGGCCAGAGAUGGGUGCAACGGGCGAUACACCGAUCCCUUUUUCGGCAGUCUGGACGACGAGAGUCUGAAGUUUCGAGCCUUGCUCCGUAACCUUAACAGGGUUUUCGAUCAUAUCUUGAGAACCAGAGGGUCCACGCAAAGCAUUGUUUUGUCAGACGAGGAAAAGCCUAAGCAGAAUGAGCUUCCAGAAUAUCUUGCGAGAUUUCUCGAAGCCUAUCCCUACGAAUUCCCAGAACCUGAGAAGAUCUCCAGGGAAGAACUAAGCUUCCAACUCGAGAGCAAAGCAGCUGCAAACCAAGGCCGCGAGUUUCCAGGAUCUCCGAACGUGGAUCUCGCUAUGCAGCUGUUCAAGAGCCAAGCGGCUCCAUGGAGACAAAUUACUGAGUUCCAUGUAGACACCGUCAUCUCGAUUGCGAGGGCAUUUGUCGAUCAGCUGUUCAAGCAUCUAGUGGGCUCCCCACAGAAUGACUCUACCAUAGAGGCCAUCUUGACUUUACACGUGGACCCCUGGUUCGAAGGGAAGGAAGAGUUGCUACGUGAAAAGGUUGAUGAGCUUCUGUGGCCUUACCGUACGGGCUAUUCACUUCCCGUGGACGUUGAGUUUCAUCACGCAUUAUCUCAGAGGUCGAUAACACCAGUUGCGACUGAGCAAGUGGGAGAAUUCGGUACUGAUAAAACCAUUGACAUGAUGCUGACACACUACGAGAUGUCAAUAAGAACGUUCACAGAAAACGUGAUUAAUCUGGCCAUCGAGAGGUGUCUUGUCCACGACUUACCAAACAUCCUCACGCCGACAGAGGUAGAUGGCAUGACAGAGGCCCAGCUUGAGGAGCUUGCAGCAGAGCACAGUAAAACAAAGUCUCGACGACUUCUGCUAGAUUCAGAAAUCAAGAUUCUCCAAGACGGAUUGAAAACAUGCCGCAGAUACAGGCCUAGGACUGUCACAGCCUUGCCGUCCAGACCAUCGAUACCAUCCAAGGCCUUGACGAAAUCUUCUGCUCCUUCAACAGCGACCAAGGUUGCAUCGACAUCGACCUCGAGACCACCAGUAACGAACUCCCCCGGUCCCAUGCCAGUACCAACUGCACAUAUAAAAGCAAAACCUACGUCAGAGCUACCUUCAGCAUCUACCACCGCAGCCACAACUAGUGUCAAAACUAGUCAAGCUGGCUCCUCCACCAGCAAAGCUCCCGCUCUUGGUGGUAGUAGCAGUUCGGGUAAAUAUGCAGUAACGAUCCUACCGCCGCAGAGUUCAACGAGUUCAGUUCCGGGCACAACCCCUAGUCUAUUCUCAAACCUAAACAUAUCUUCCCAGCCCCAAUUCCCGGCUGGUGGACUUUUCGGGAAUGCAGGAAAGACAGUCACUCAACAGCAGCCGCAGUCCGGGGCUGGACUUUUCGGAAGUCAACCAAAGCCAGUUGACCAGCAGCAGCCUCCAGUGGUUGGGCUUUUUGGAAGUCAGCCAAAGCCAGUUGAGCAGCAGAAACCUCCAACGGUUGGACUUUUUGGGAGUCAACCAAAGCCAGUCGAUCAGCAGAAACCUGAACCGGUUGGGCUCUUCGGAAGUCAACCAAAGACAGCCGCUCAACAACAACGGCCUACGUCCAGGAACGGAAAAGGUAGUUUUGGAGGCUCCUCCGUCUUCAAUGUUGGUGGUGGAGGCUCCAGCGUGACAAAGAGUUAG